GUUGUUUUAAUUUACUAUGAAAAUCUAAUUAAUGCAAAUGCUUUGAAACUGUGCGAAGAUUCAUUGAGACUUAGUGAUAGAUGGGAAGAUUCAACGUAAAAAUGGAUGGUCCUGGAUUAGGAUAUUCGUAUCAUCUUCCUUCUGCAGGGUGGAAUCUUAGAGUAAGAAAUGUUUUAUCCCAGUUUAGCGAUCUCUUCAGUGAAUUUAAUAAAUACAUUGCACCUGCUUAUCAUCACGAUCGAUGCGAAAGAUCAGUGCAGAUGCGAUUAUAUUCUAUGCAUAAGAGAGAAUUCGUCAUGGUGUUUGUUGCUUUUUUUGCAUGUUUUGGAUUAGCGGUAUUCAUUGGGCUCGCGGGUCCUCCCAUCACUUUGACCAUUGACCAAGAAGCUCACGUAAAUGGCAGUGAGAUCGCUACUGGUCCUUUUAUUAUGAAAACACCUUUGUUAUCCACGUAUAGUCAACAAUUAUGGGUCAUCGCAAAAUUACUCACAUCUAAUAACGAUGAUGAAAGAUACGACAAAAGUUUUCAAAUAAGUAUCUCUAUAGAUGGUAUUACUAGCGAUCAUAAACUUGUACCUAUUUUGUCAUCCGAAACUGGGCACAAUAGAACUAGACAUUUAAGGUGCGAAAGACAAACUUGCGAAGAACUCGUAGUUGCUCAUCUCGGAUAUCUCGAUUACAGUUAUUAUAUUAUUACUGUUCGUUUUCACGGACUCGAAAGCUUCCAUCAACGCUACGUCAUACACAAACUCACAUUCUACUACAGAAAUUACAACCCGGCGUUCACGGAAUUUGAAAUUUGGUUUCGAUUUAUCUUCUUAUUGACUGCAUUCGGAGUUAUGUGCUGGUUUGGACAUUCUCUCCGAAAAUAUCCGUUGCACGACUGGUCGAUAGAACAGAAAUGGAUCUCGAUACUUCUUCCGUUAUUAAUUCUAUACAAUAAUCCGUUGUUCCCAAUGACAUUUUUGGUCAACUCUUGGGUGCCUGGUAUGGUAGAUGCAAUUUUACAAACAACGUUCCUUUGUGCAGUUCUCAUGUUUUGGUUAUGCGUUUACCAUGGUCUAAGACAAAAUGAAAGACGACUGAUAACGUUUUAUCUACCGAAAGUUUUGGUAGUAGGAUUGCUAUGGUGUUCAGCGCUUAUUCUGGCGACUUGGCUUCGCUGCACAGAAUUAGAAGAUCCCACAUAUAAUUACGUUCUCGAUACGUCGAAUUAUUUCGGUUUCAAAGCAUUUUUCUUCACGGUAGGAGGAUUUUAUAUCGCAUAUUUGCUUCUUCUGAUAUUGAGAGCGUACAGUGAAUUGAGAUCUAUGCCGUAUUUUGAUCUUCGUUUGCGUUUCUUAACAUUACUGGCUAGUGUUGUUUCCUUGGUUUGUGGCUGUGUGACUGCUCGUCAAUUCGGAGCUGGUAUUUUCGAGGAUAGUUUUGCUUCUCGUCUAAGUACUUAUUACCAUUCAUCUGCUCAAUUUAUGACCUUGUAUGGUCUUCUGAAUUUUUACUUGUAUACUAUGGCUUACGUGUAUGCACCUGCACAUCAACAAGUCUACGGUCAACAUUCCUCCAUAACAAAAGACAACCCUGCAUUUUCUAUGAUCAACGAUUCCGAUGAGGACGUAAUAUAUGGAUCGGACGAAGAAGUGGUUUACGGUUCGGACGAAGAUAGCAGACGGCCUUUAACUCGCGCGUCUCGAAUUACGAGUGAUAGUAAUUAGUUAAACUAACUAUUGUUAAUAAGAAAAGAAAAAUCAUUUGCAAAACGAAUAAUAUAAUAAUUAUGAUAAUAAUAAUUAUGUAAGAUAAGAGAAUUGCAAGUAAUGAUAUAUUGUAAAAUAAAAGAUGCCAAGGCGAUCAAGUGAUUGCAAGCGAAACCGAAGAAAAUUUAA